AUGACGCGCCGCAUAGUACGGACGAUAAUCCAGCUCACCGCGGUGACGCUGCUGACAUUUCUCGCCGUCUUCUUCCUCGACCGCAACUUCCGAGUCCUCCCCAAAUCGAUGCACCACUACAUGCCGCAGCACCACCACGGACUGAUAGUCACCGAUAUCACAGUAACAAAAUGCUCGAGUAUAAACGUCUUCACAUCUUGUAACCUCGACACAAACAAAUGGCACCGAAUCGAAAAGGACCUGUACCUGGGCAAGUCAUGGACCACCAGCGCAUACGUACACGUCGCACGGAAGAAGGAGGAGGAGCUGCUACCAGAAGAUAAGGUAGUCAUGGAUGUUUCUGUCGGUCGACUCGACCCCACGACUUCUAAGAAGGGAGAGGAGGACGAGAGGUGGGAGAGCCGACCAUACGGAUUGUGGGUGAAGCGAUCUUCCAACCAAAAGGACAGCGACUCCAAGAAGGCUGUCACAGGCAUCGAUGUCCUCUUUGGCGAUGACGCGGUCGAGGCCCGCGAUGGCUGGCAGAUCACCGGGACCCCCCUUUUGCUCCCUCUCAACGAAGAGGUCCCGGUUACCCACAUCACUCUCCGGAGAGGAAGCCAGAAGGAGCCUCACAAGCCACAGCCGCGAAUCCCUGAGAACGGGAGAUUUAAGAUCAUACAACUGGCCGAUCUCCACCUCAGCACCGGUGUCGGAAAGUGUCGCGAUGCCAUGCCGGAGGGGUAUAACGGCGGCUUGUGCGAGGCGGACCCCAGAACGCUGGAUUUCGUCAGCAAGAUUCUCACCGAGGAGAAGCCCAACUUGGUCGUGCUCAGUGGAGAUCAAGUCAAUGGUGAAACUGCUCCUGAUGCGCAGUCGGCAAUCUUCAAAAUCGCCCAAAUUCUCAUCAAGAUGAAGAUUCCCUACGUCUCAAUCUUUGGUAACCACGAUGACGAGGGCUCACUUCCUCGUGCCGCUCAGAUGCAGAUUCUGGAGUCACUGCCAUAUUCUCUGGCAAGGGCCGGGCCUGAAGAAAUUGAUGGUGUAGGCAACUAUUACGUCGAGGUCCUUGCUAGAGGCAAGUCGGACCACUCGGCACUCACACUUUACAUGCUUGACUCCCAUGCGUACUCGCCAGAUGAGCGAAAAUACCAUGGAUAUGAUUGGAUCAAGCAAAAUCAGAUCGAUUGGUUCAAGAAGACAUCUACCAGUCUCAAGAAAAAUCACAAGGAGUAUAGCAAGGUUCACAUGGACCUGGCUUUCAUUCAUAUUCCUUUGCCUGAAUACCGAGAUGCGGAUCUCGCCAUCAAAGGCGAAUGGAAGGAGGGAGUUACGGCACCCAACUUUAACUCCGGCUUCCGUGACGCCCUCGUUGAGCAGGGCGUCGUCAUGGUCAGCUGUGGACAUGACCACGUCAAUGAUUACUGCUCUCUCUCGCUAGACAGCCAGCAGAAACCAGCCCUCUGGAUGUGUUAUGCUGGUGGAGUCGGCUUCGGCGGCUACGCUGGAUAUGGAGGAUACCACCGCCGCAUACGUGUGUUCGAGGUCGAUACCAACGAGGCUCGAAUCACCACAUGGAAGCGUGUUGAGUGGGGCGACACCAGCAAGAGGAUUGACGAACAGAUCAUUGUCGAAGCAGGCGGGCCGAUAGCCAUCAGAGAAAAGAAGGCGCGGCAGGACUUUUGA